UGAUAUUCAGCAAGUCUGCAUUUGGCAAACUGACGAAUUAACAUGAGUUACAAAAGCGAUGUUUUAAAUUGGAGCGCCUUGAUUGAACAUUGGAUAACCAUUAAUUCGUCUCCGAUUUCAACCGACAUUAAAAGUCGGCGUCACGGUCCCAACAUUGUAUAAUUUUUUUUUAACAAUUAUAAAUCUCCGAGAUGUGGACUUUUUUGGGACUAGCCAGCUUCACGUAUCUGUACAAAAAGUCCGGUGCUGUUUGGACAUUCGCUCAGAGAGAGCUAAUAACAGCCCUCGUCUUGUUUCUGUCAGUGGGACUGCUUCUCUCUUAUUUCAGGUAUUUCCAUGGCCACAAGCUCAGAUUCUCUCAGGUGUUAAAUUUACCUCUGAGCCUCUUCUCCCUCUUACCUGUCGUCAACCUUCUCAACAACCCAAAGAGUCAAAAUGCAGACAACACACGUCAAAAGAGCCGAAGAAGAAGGAAACAAGUGGCGAGUGGAUCUUCCGCGGAGCUCGGGACAGAUGCUGAGCCAGAUGUGGUGAUAGUUGGGGCCGGCGUCCUGGGAUCGGCAAUGGCGGCCGUACUGGCCCGGGAUGGUCGACGGGUGACGGUGGUGGAGAGGGACCUGAAGGAGCCGGACAGGAUCGUGGGGGAACUGCUGCAACCUGGAGGCUAUAGAGCGCUCAAAGAGUUGGGCCUGGAAGGCUCGGUGGAGGGUCUCGAUGCACAUCUGGUGAAUGGCUAUGUGAUCCAUGACAUGGAGAGCAGCACAGAGGUGGAGAUCCCCUACCCUCAGGAAGAGUACAACGUCCAGUGCGGACGUGCUUUUCAUCAUGGCCGAUUCAUCAUGGGCCUGCGGAGGGCUGCCCAGGCUGAGCCCAAUGUUACAUUUAUAGAAGGCACAGUGACCAGUAUGGAGGAAGACGAUGGCUGCGUGACGGGAAUACAGUACAAGGAUAAACACACCGGGGAUUUGAAGGAAGUGCACGCGGCUUUGACAGUGGUGGCUGAUGGAUGUUUUUCCAAAUUCAGGAAGAGGCUGGUGGCUGGGAAAGCUUACGUUUCUUCUCACUUUGUUGGAUGCCUCAUGAAGGACUGCCCCCAGUUUAAAGCCAACCACGCGGAAUUGGUGCUGGCCAACCCGAGCCCUGUGCUCAUCUAUCAGAUCUCCUCAAGCCACACUCGGGUGCUUGUGGAUAUAAGGGGGGAGAUGCCACGUAACCUUCCACAGUAUUUGGCUGAGAAAGUAUGCCCUCAGUUGCCAGAGCAUUUAAAGGAAUCUUUCAUGGAGGCGCUACAAAACGACCGUGUCAGGUCCAUGCCUGCCAGCUUCCUCCCUCCCUCUCCUGUCAAUAAGCCAGGCGUUUUGCUUCUGGGAGAUGCUUACAACAUGAGGCACCCACUGACUGGAGGAGGGAUGAGCGUCGCGCUCAAUGAUGUCCGCAUCUGGCGGAGCCUCCUGCGGAACAUCCCAGACCUGUUCGACGAGAGUGCCGUGCUGCGGGCAAAGAAAAAAUUCCGUUGGGAACGAAAGUCAUCACAUUCUUUUGUGGUGAAUGUAUUGGCCCAGGCCUUGUAUGAGCUGUUCGCAGCCACAGAUGAGUCACUGCAUGAGCUGAGGAAAGCCUGCUUUCAGUACUUCAAACUUGGGGGAGAGUGCAUUGCUGGGCCAAUUGGACUCCUCUCAGUUUUGUCACCCAAACCAAUGAUCCUCAUUGGGCAUUUCUUCGCUGUGGCCUUGUAUGCAGUCUACUUCAAUUUCAAGUCAGAGCCAUGGAGCGCCAAACACAGAGCUUUAUUUAAAAGCGCGGCAAUCCUCUUCCGGGCCUGUACGGUCAUGUUCCCCCUCAUCUACUUGGAACUCAAGCACUUGAUUUACUGAAGGGUACUUGUCACAUGUCUUAUCAUUGGACACUUUUAGUAUGUGAAUGUUGCACAUGAUAACGGCGCCUUAUCAACCACACAACUUGUUUAUGUGGAGAUACGCUUUUUUUUUUUUGGUGCCUCUGCAUACAACUAUUUUUGAAGUGCGCACAAGCCAAGAAAAAACAUCCUGAACUUUCCCCCCCUUUGAAAUUAAACACUUUUCUAUUAUUCUG